GAGUUAAAUAUUAUUAAAAAAAAAACAAAUAUAAAUAGCGCUUAGAUACAUAAAAAAUAAUUUAAAACAUACAAUGUGGAUAGUUAAUUUUUUUAUGUAGCAAACAAGUUGUCUAAUAUUUUUUUAUGAAAGUACGACGAUUGAAAAAUCUGCAUCAAUUGUGAAUUGUGAUAUCUGGUUUUAAAAUAUGUUCGAACACUAUUUACUAUCGCGCAUCACUACCUAAUACGUCAAAUUUCGUUAUAAAAGAAUUGAUAAUGCGACCGUUUUAAGAAUCUUUAUUUUGUUGAACUUGCCCAGUUGAAAAAAACUACUGUCUAAUUAAGCAGUACUAAACCAGCCGGGCGGCUUAGAUGAACAUGAGCGCUCUGCGUGUCCAACAAAAAUAGAUUUUCAAACAUUUUUACGUAUCGCGACGUGUUAUCACAGCAAACGAACUUCACCAAACUGUUUUAAGACUUAUAAUAUUACGUUUUUCUUUCAAAAAAUUUAAAUUUUUGACGUAAAAACACUGUAAUGUUUAAAUCUUUGUUCGGCUCCUUGUUAACUCAAGCCAGCUGUCAAGAGGGGGCUGGUUAUUUGAAACGGGCUGAUUCAGAGAAGCUACAUGAGAUCUUCUUGAAGUACGCCACCGUUGAGAAGAACGGUGAGAAGCAUAUCACAAGCGAAGAUUUUGUAAGAAAAUAUCUAGGAUUAUUCUCCGAAGAUGAUUUCAACAAAGAAUCGGUCCAGCUCAUCGCUGGAAUCGUCGACAUGGACAAGGACGGUUACAUAUCGUUCUCCGAGUUCCAGGCGUUUGAAGGUCUGCUGUGCGUGCCGGACGCUCUGUACAAAACCGCCUUUCAACUAUUCGAUACGAAUGGGAAUGGACUUGUUGCUUUUGACGAAUUCGCCGAGGUUAUGCGAAAAACGGCCCUCCACAAGAAGCUGCCCUUCAACAUGGAGAGCACGUUCGUUCGCCUGUACUUCGGCAAGGAUAAGAAGCGGCUCGUAACCUACCCUGAGUUCAGUCAGUUCUUGCACGACUUCCACGAAGAAUACGGAGUCGAAGCGUUCAAGAAAUGCGACAAGGAAGGCACCGGAUUCAUCACAGCCGGCGACUUCAGAAAUAUCAUGAUGUCGGUGAAGAGCCAUCUUCUCACAAAGGAUUUGAAAAGUAAAGUCAUCACUGCCUCUGGUUUUCCGCAAGGCGAGCGAAAGAUCAGUUUCCCUUACUAUAUGGCCUUCAAUUCAUUAUUAAACAACAUGGAGCUAAUCAAGAGGGUGUACCUAAACGCCACGAACGGCCAUCGCACGCAAGAGGUCACCAAAGAGGAGUUUCUGCACUCUGCCCAGAUGAUGAGUCAAAUCACGCCCCUAGAAGUGGACAUAUUGUUCAACUUGUGCGACAUUCUGCACCAUACAAAUGGUCGCAUUGUGUACAACGAUUUGAACUCCAUAACGCCAGAGCAAUACUUCAAGCAGGUUACACGAAGAGUAGCAGAAAUUAAAGCUGUUUCCAGCCCGGAGGAGAGAGGUGUGCUAAUACAAAUCCUAGAGAGCACGUACAGAUUCACGCUAGGUUCCGUAGCCGGGGCCGUGGGAGCCUCGGCGGUGUACCCGAUAGAUCUAGUCAAGACCCGGAUGCAGAACCAGCGCACCGGCUCGUUCAUCGGCGAAGUGGCGUACCGGAACUCGUGGGACUGCUUCAAGAAGGUGAUCCGGCACGAGGGCGUGUUCGGCCUGUACCGGGGCCUCGUGCCGCAGCUCAUCGGCGUCGCCCCGGAGAAAGCCAUCAAGCUAACGGUCAACGAUUUAGUUCGCGAUAAAUUCAUGGACAAAAAAGGAAACAUAUCAUUGUACGCUGAGAUCAUCGCCGGCGCAUGUGCGGGCGGUUCUCAAGUGGUGUUCACGAAUCCCCUGGAAAUUGUCAAAAUUCGUCUUCAAGUCGCCGGCGAGAUAGCCGGGGGGACCAAAGUGAAGGCCUGGUCCGUCGUCAAGGACCUCGGGCUCUUCGGACUGUACAAGGGGGCGAAGGCCUGCCUCCUCCGCGACGUGCCCUUCAGCGCCAUAUACUUCCCGGCCUAUGCUCAUGUUAAGGCUAAGUUCGCGGAUGAGAACGGCUACAACCAUCCCCUGACGCUGCUGGCGGCGGGCGCCAUCGCGGGCAUCCCCGCCGCGUCGCUCGUCACCCCCGCUGACGUCAUCAAAACCAGAUUACAGGUGGUGGCGCGGUCCGGACAAACAACUUACAACGGAGUUAUAGACGCGACCAGGAAGAUAUACGCAGAGGAAGGCGCCAGAGCUUUCUGGAAGGGCGCUAUCGCUCGCGUGUUCCGCUCGUCGCCGCAGUUCGGCGUCACGCUGGUCACCUACGAAAUAUUACAGCGACUCUUCUACGUCGACUUCGGAGGGUCUCGUCCAACGGGCUCGGAGCUCCACGUGGCGACCCCCAUCGAGGAAUCGAUAAAGAAGCCGCACCACAUCGGCGGCUACCAAGUGGCCCUACCGGUACUGACAGGACUCGAAACCAAAUUCGGAAUCUCCCUGCCGAGGUUCUCGUAUCCGAAACCAGCGCAGCAAUGAGUGAGCACUAGCCGAAUAAUCGAUUAGAAACAUUCAUAUAUAUUUUUUUCUAAAUAUCGAUUCUGAUAAUCGAUUAGGUUUAACAAAACUAUAACGCUAUAUCGAUUGUGAAAAUCGAUUCUGAUAAUCGAUUAGGUUUAACAAAACUAUAACGCUAUAUCGAUUGUGGAAUCAGAAACGUGUCAGUGAGAAUGUUGUUCGAUUAUAAUAUCGACUAUUGUGUAAUUGAAAUUGUAUAUCAUUGUAAUAGUGAAGUUCGUCAUCCUCGUAUCGAUAUUGGGAUGUUCAAUUGAGAUUCGGUGUUUACUUUCAGAUUUGUAUAUUGUUAACGGUUUAAUCAGUUUUAAGAGUGACCAAACUGUAUUUAAAAAAAAAACUUGCUUUGAUAACACGCUCGCGUACGAUAAAAUGUUUAUCGAUAUCGAUAAAUUUUAACGGAAUUUGGCCAAAUGUGAUGUUGAAAAUAUAUAAUCAUAUUUACAAAUGCCUAGCUUACCUGCGAUAUCGAUUUUUGUAUAAACGAUUCGAUAAGACGAUAUUGCACUUCGAUAGUAAGUUAGAUAGAUAGAAAUAAAAUAACAAAGAAAAAACAAUAGUGUAAUAUAAUCGAGUAAAAAAAUCGACAUUUUGAAUAUUUAGAUAGAAUUUAAAAAAUAAAAAAAAACGAGUAAUGGCCAGUCAAACUGCCCUCGAGAUUAUUAUUCAUGUUCUUUGAAGACAUUUUAAUGAUUUAUUGAAGUUUUUUUUUUUUUUUUAAUAUUAUUACAUUUAGAAAUCCUUUAUUUUAGGUUUUAAGAGCAAAGUUCCGUGUAUUAAUGUGCCGCUGUUGAGUUUGAGCUAUUAUUUGAGUUGAGAAUUCUAUACGAAUUAAUUAAUGUAAGGCCUAUUGAUUUUUUUUUUCAUAAUUACUGACAGAUUACCGAGAAAUUUGUGUUAAUAAAAGAUGGUGCAUAUAAAACUUAUUUAAAGGGAAGCCGGUGGCAAAAUUAAACAAAGAAUUCUCAACGAAAUAUAUAUUAAAAAAUACCGUCAGAUGUGUUAACACAUUUUGCUAAAUUACCGUUUUAGUUUUAAUUUAUAAUACUUUAAAGCUCUCAACUAUAGUAAUCAAGAUUAAAAUAACUUUUCAUAAAAAAUCAAUCAUGCCUUUAAAAAUAAUAUUUCUAGUAUUUUUAAUAAUCUUCAUCAAUCACGCACGAGCUAGUGCUAAAUCCCACAAAGUAAUUUAUCAAGGAUAUCCUACAUAUACGAAAAUUGCCAAUAUAAUUGCUAACCUCUCGACCGAGGGCCAUGUAUAGUUUUGGAAAUGUUGAUUGUCUUUUAUAUCUGUAGAUAGGAAGGGAAAGAUAGAAAAAUAUAACAUAAGUCAAUAACUGAAAGGUGGUUCUUGAAUCGGGUGGUCUAAUCACAGAUAUUAAUUAAAAAUUGUAUCACCAAUACUUUUAAAAUAUAAAAUAAAAAAAAAAUAAUUAAAAUGAAAAAAGUAAAUAAAAUAUUAGUAAAAUUUUUCUUUUCAUAAAAUGCCCCAAAGUUGAAGUAGUAACUUUGAAUGGUUAAGUAAAUAAAAUAACUUUAAACUAAAGCUGGGAUCGCACGACAUAUUUGUGAUUAACUAGCAAGCGAAAUAUUAGUUAUGAAUAAAAUAUUCUUACACAGAUAUCACUUUUUUCUAUGUAAGUUUCUUACUAGCAAGAUGAAACUUUGUGAAACAAAAACAAGCUAUGAAUAAGUAAUUUAUCACUGUUAAUCUUAUAAAAUCGAUGACAUUUUAAGCUUCUUAUAUUAGCUCGUAAACGAAACUUUUUUUUUUCGAAGCAAUGCACCUCCGCCCUUUUAACAGGCCGAUAUAAUCGUAUCAAAGUGAACCAAUAAAGUAAAUUAAAACUUUUUGAAGAAAAUGUACGCUGCGUAACAACGAUGUAUGACAACGUUGUGAAAUAUAAUUAUUAACUAUGAAAGUGAUAGUGAACCGAUGUGACUAUUUAUUGAUAUUUUUGUGUUAUAAAUAAAAUCGAACAAAAUA